AUGACGCGACCAGAGAUAAUACGAGCAGACUCGAUUGAUCUCCAGGAGAAGAAUGCUGCCUCCGCUCAGGAUCAUGCGCGACAACCAAACCAGCCGAGCCCCCUAAGCGUCGGACAACAUGCUCCACAUCAAGCAGAAGCAUUGCGCGAAGUUGCUGCUGAAACUGCGGAUCAGCACUCCCGAAGCCCACGAGUCUCGAAGGAAUGGACUAAUGGCGAGAUCCAACAGCUACAACAGUAUGGGGACGAUGAGCUGGCUGCUGGUGUUACAGCUUCGUUAACAGGAACUGCGGAUCAGCAGCAACAAGAUGAUUUGGCUGUCGCACAGAAUGGCGGCCUAACGGGUUCAACUGCUGAAGACGCAGAUAUGGCAGAUGCAGAGGGCGACGACGGGAUGGAUGAUGAUAUGAUGGACAAGAUCUCAAGCUCUCCGUCAAUCGACGAUGGUGGGUAUUCCCUUCCUCAUAUGUGGCCGCUGAGGUCCGAUUCUCUCUCACGCACAAUUUCCCCAAUAAGUUCUCCAUCAUUUUCACAAGCGUGCUGCGAAAGUUCAUCGCCAUAUGUGGAGACGCCUGAUUUCUAUCCACUGCGACCACUGCGCGAGACGAUCGACAAGGGUGUGGCUCCAGAGGUACAGGCUCAAAGCGAUCAUCAUCUUCUUCUUCUGGGUGAGUAUCCGGACGACUCUGACGACAACGAAAUCGAACAUGACGCGCUAUGUAGCGACUUCUCCCGACUAUCAAUGGAUGUGGUUGGGGCGUCUAUCGAGCAAUACGACCAAGAUUAUGACCUAAGCUACUAUUCUGAAGAGCAACCUGCAGGAAGUUCUGAACAACAGUAUGAAACCGGGAUUGAGGAGGAUGAAACGGCAAUGACUAUUCCUUACGAAGAUUCUGAGGAAGAAGAAGAUGAUGAUGAUUACGAUAUUCCCUAUGCUGAUGACUCUAGAUUUAUUGAUUCUGGAUGGGGUGGAGAAUGCUUACAAGAAUUAGAGGACAUCGAUUUCGAAUUCGUCUACGCCCUCCAUACGUUCGUUGCAACUGUCGAAGGCCAAGCGAAUGCCACGAAAGGCGACACGAUGGUCUUACUAGAUGAUAGCAAUAGCUACUGGUGGCUUGUAAGAGUAGUGAAAGACAGCAGCAUUGGUUACUUGCCGGCAGAACAUAUCGAGACACCAACAGAAAGACUGGCACGUCUGAACAAACAUAGGAAUAUUGAUCUCACCUCAAAUAUGCUCGGUGACCAAGCGGAGAAGACCAAAAACCCUCUGAAAAAGGCCAUUCGGCGAAGAACUACCAAGACCGUCACUUUCACCGCUCCUACCUAUGUUGAGGCCUCAGACGUCGAUUAUUCAACCGACGAGGAGGAAGCUGACGGAGAUUAUUAUGGCUCCAAUGGGCAACAAGAGCAGAAUGGUGACCAGCAAGAACAAGACCCUGACGAGGACGAGAUAGCGCCCAUAGAACCUCUUAAACCACGUGCUGAGGUGCGAGAAGUAAGGUCCGAUUCGACCGAUCCGGAUGAUAAAGAUGCGACUGCGAAGAGCAGCUCCGACACUGCCAGGACAAGUGACGAGAUAUUUGAUGGGAAGCUAGAAAGCAGCAAAUCCAGAAAUGGCACUGUAAGGAAUACGGAUUCCUUCUUCAAGGACGAUUCAGUGGAAACCAGAAAAAUCACACUUACUCCGAACUUGCUCCGCGACGACUCAAGUAGCUCUCCUCGAACAUCAAAUGAAUCAAAAGAACUCAAACAACGACCAAGUCUUGAUAAACUCGAGAAAGACUUGGUUAGUGACAAGAAAGACAAGAAGGAUCGGAAAGAUAAGAAAGACAAGGACAAGAAGCCAGGAAUGCUUAGUGGAUUCUUCAAACGGAAGGACAAGAGGUCUAAGUCACAAGAUGAUGAUGUCGACGACGGCCUGGUUGCGACUCACUCUCCAGAAGACACAAGGGCCUCACCUGUCCCCAGCAAGGAUUCUGAUGAAAUAACUUCAGCACCAGACGAAACUCCGGCAGAAGAAAUCCAAAAACAACCGAGCAAGUUACAGAAGCAACCAAGACCGGAUGCGUCGCCGACCCGGUCAAAAUCUGGACAAAUUAGAGAGCCGAAAGCUCUGGAGCCGCUUCAGAUCCCAGCUCCCGAGCGGCCGCCUCCAGCUGAAUCCGCUCAAGCGCCUUCUAUGCGUCUGGUGCAGCCUGAACCAGCCGAUGAGCCAACUGAGCAUGCCCCUGACGUCUCUCCUGAGCUUUCUAGAGACGCCCAACCUGACCUCACGGCACCGAAGGAACAGAAAUCAGUAGGACCCAUCUCGAAAAUGCUUCGGUCCGCAAGUUCUUCGGAGUCCAAACCUGUCAAGGCAAAGAAGGCCAAAUCACGUGUCGAACUCGAUGACUUUGAUACCUCAGAAGAAAACUCCCCUGUUACAGAGCCUGUCCGAGAACCAAGCAGGCAGGAUCAACGUCCAAUUCCUGGAAGCUUUCCCGACAGUUACAUUGGAAGCCCCUCAAGUGAGAAACCCGAUGCCAUGGAAGAGAGGCCAUCAGAGUCACCAGAGGUGGUGUCACCCCUUACACCCUCCAACCCUCACCCUCCUCCUCUCAUGAUUGACUCAUCAAGUCAAGAGGAACCGCCGUCCCCUGUUUCGUCACCAUCACCAGAGCUUAUUGAUGCUGAUGAUGCUCGAGACAAAAAGGCCGGCAGUUCAACAACCUCUACGUCAACCGCUACUUGGAGUGAUGCCCACCUCAGAAGUUUCUUUGACGAUGAGGGUGACAUUAAGGAUCUGUUGGUGGUCGUAUAUGACAAGUCCGGCGUGGUUCCUGCCGGACCUGAUCAUCCCAUCACUGGGAACCUCUUCAAGGCAGAAAAUGCUAAAUUGGCAGAUAUAACAAGCCGUCUAGAUGGAAUGCUUGGUGACUGGCUGGCUCGCAAGAUGAGAACCCAGGCCGCCAGGUAG